AUGAAAAUCUGGACUGUUCAACACACAUUUAACUAUCCAUGGGAGACCGUGGUUCAAGCAGCUUGGAAUAAGUAUCCAAAUCCAAUGAACACAGCUGUCCUUGGAAUAGAUGUUAUUGAUCGGCAAGUAAUUAACGGUGAAUUACAUUCACAUCGGUUAGUUACUACUAGAUGGACAUUACCGAAUUGGGCAUGUGCAUUAAUGGGUCCAAUAAGUACAUUUUAUGCCAGUGAGUAUUCUAAAGUUAAUCGAGAUCGUCGGCAGUUAAAGCUAGAUAGUCAAAACUUAUCAAUGGGACCAUUUGUUAUUGUACGAGAAAAGCUCACAUAUAAGCCACAUCCUGAUGAUCCACAAAAAACUUUACUCAAACAAACAGCUUAUGUCACUGUAGAAGGCUUACCAUGUAGUGGAUAUAUAGAAAAUAUACUUACCAGUAAAAUUUCAGGCAAUGCAGCAAAAGGAAGACAAGCUAUAGAAUGGGUUAUUGAAAAACUACAGCAUAAACAACCAUUGUAA